AUGUUGUAAAAUUCUUUUAGUCUGAUUGUUUAAGUAAUUAUAUUACAAUGGAAAUUAAGUACUUGUAUCACUUGUGUUUCUCCUAUAGAUUGUCAAAGUUGUUAAGCUACUUAUACUCUUACUAAGCUUGGAUGUGUUUGCAAGUAAAACUAAUAUGAAGAAUCAGAUUAAUGCUAUGAGUGCCCUCCUUUGUGCAAAUAAUGCUAACGUUUGACUUUUUGUAUAGAUUGCCUUUUUAGUGAUUUUAGAGAGCUAGUAAAUGGAUAAUGUGUGUGUUUUGAGGGAUAUUAUCAAGUGGAAGGCAGUUCGGUUUGUUUAAAAUGCAAUUCGUUCUGCAAAGAAUGUUUUGGGGCAACUUCUAAUGAUUGUAAAGUUUGUAGUGACAUUGUGGGCAUUUAAUAGAUUGGUUCUAUUUGCAAAUGUGCAGAUAAUGCAGUUUAUGAAGAAUAGUCUAAUUCAUGCACUAAUUGUCAUUCAACUUGUUAGACUUGUUUUUCAAAAUACAUAAAUGGAUGUCUAACUUGUGAUGCAACAUUAAACAGAAUUCUGAAAGGAUUAAAAUGCGAAUGUUCCUUUGGCUAUUAUGAAGAUACUAAUAUAUGUUUGAGUAUGAUAAAUUACUAUUAUAUUAGAAUGCCCUUUGACUGAAGAUAAUUCUUUACCUUAAUACUAUGUUUUAUGUGAGGACAACCAAUUAGCUUGGUUAUAAUAAGUUGUUAUUUUGUGGUGA